GCAACUGAAACAUCUCAAACGGGACAUCGUUGCCAGACAGCCAGCCAGAGUGUGGCCAGAUCGCAGCGACGGCAGUGCAUUUUCAACAAAAAUAAGUUGAAAUCAACGCGUUGCAGCAGCCCCCGCAGCAACAGCAACAACAAAACAAAGGCAACUGGAAGUGCAGCCUAACGGGAAUUGCUCCAGCAUAUAGAGAUUAUAAUCCAUUUAUCGGAAGAUAGUCCACAAUGGCGGAUCCAGAGCGACAGAGCCUGAUCAACAAGGACGACGGCAAUGGCUACAAUUCCGUGGACGCCGUGGACGAGGGUGCCGAUAAUCCCGGCAGCAACUCAUCGGUGGCCACAAACGAGGACGGCAAUGGAGCACCUACGGCAGUGCCUUGUAUUGGACCCGAUGAGCUGCCGCCGCCGUAUCAGCAGAGCACCAACACCGGAGGCGUGCCGAUGGUCACCUGUCGGGUAUGUCAACACAUGAUUGACAUCACCACGAAGCGGGAGCAGCACGUGGUCAAGUGCACCCACUGCAAUGAGGCUACUCCCAUUCGGAACGCUCCAGCCGGCAAGAAGUAUGUUCGCUGCCCAUGCAACUGUUUGUUAAUCUGCAAGAGCUCGUCGCAGCGAAUCGCUUGUCCAAGGCCCAAUUGCAAGAGGAUCAUCAACCUGGCCCCAAGUCCCGUCACCCCGCCCGUGCCAACCAUGCCGGGCAUGUGCCGCGUCACUUGUGGCCACUGUUCGGACACGUUUUUGUUCAACACGUAUCACAACGCCUUGGCCCGGUGUCCACACUGCAGGAAGGUCUCUUCGGUGGGCUCGCGCUUUGCCAACAGCCGCGCCGUGAUGUUCGCCAUUGUGGCGCUGGUGUUCCUCAUCACAGGCAUCGGUGUAACCAUCGGCACAUACUCGAUUGCUUCGGAUCACGGUGGCAUGUACUUCCUCUACGUGGCGCUGUUCGUGAUUUCGGGUUGCAUGCUGGCCCGGUCCGCCUACUAUUUCCGCCUUAAAGUGAGCGCCAUCGAUGGGCCAAUGUAAAGCUAAAGCACGGGGCCAGUAGCAAGGAAGGAAGUGCAUUGUUUUAUUUUUAUAUAUAUAUAUUAUUCAUAUAUAUCAUUCCUUUUGAUAUUAAAUUUAAAACUAAACACAA